AUGGAAGACACCGUUGGAGGUGGUCUUAAUGUCCUUCUUAAAUCCAUCACCCACCCACGAUCUACUUUCAAUGUGAGCUUCAUUCAAGCAAGGCGGUGGAACUGCGACUAUAAAAAGGCAAAAGACAAAGUUACAGAUAUCAGAACUGGUGCAGCUAAACUUAAAGAAGCUAGCGAAGCCGACUUCCAUGGAGCAACUACUCCAAUUAAGAAGAUUGUGAAUGCUAACUGGCCAAAGAAUUCCAAUCAGUUCUCAAAGAGUUUCAGAAAGCUCAGAGACUUGCAGCUGAAAGAGAAAUUACAUAUACUCAUGUGGUCACUAAAGAUAUACCUACCAGUUAUAAUGCACAUGAACUGGAUAUUGAAUCUUUAAGGACCUCCCGAGAGCAAGCUCUUCUUCUACAAUAAAAAAAAUAUGAUAUCAGCUUUAACAUUAAUAACUCAAAUGCUGCAACUGCACAAGCCACUGCUCAACUCAGAAAAGCAUCUAAAACUCAAAGCAAAUUCAUCCUUGGUACUAGGAGAGACUCUCUUCUCAAUUUUUUUUUAAAUUCUCUGAUCCCGUUUUUUAGCAGUUAAAGCUAAGUUUCAUAUAUAUGUUUUACUUUUGUUGCAGACAUGCCUUCUUAUUCACAUAUUUGGGACUGUCAUCAUCUUUAUCCUGGUCUGAGCAGCAUCAACCGAAGCAGAGUCGAGGAAACUAUACAAGUUACUACAUUAAAGAUAUAUAUAUAAUUAUUGUACAGAUUCUUUGUACUGUAUCUUCCUUCAUCCCUUGCAAUCGAAUUGAAUCUUAGCAUUUAUGUAUUAAACCAUCUUAAUGAAUAUUUAUAGCAAAAGACAUGAACAUGUUAUGGUUAAUGUUAUAUUAGUUA